UGGACUCACAUUACACAUUUACAUUUCCAUUUAGCACCAUACCAUUAUCUAAUAGUCUCCUCCUGCCUCCACCUGAAAUUCCAUUUUCUUGACCAAAAUUCAGGUGGGAAAAUAUGGCAACAGUCACAACACAGGCCUCAGCGGCUGUUUUCAGGCCAUGCAUCAACUCAAAAUCCAGGUUCCUUACUGGGUCUUCUUCUACUAAAUUAAAUAGGGAAGUGUCUCUUAUUAGGCCCAUGGCUUCUCCAUCUGCUACUUCUUUUAAAGUUGAAGCCAAGAAGGGUGAGUGGUUGCCAGGCUUGGCCUCACCAGGCUACCUCACUGGCAGUCUUCCUGGUGACAAUGGAUUUGAUCCUCUGGGACUUGCUGAGGACCCAGAGAACCUCAGGUGGUAUGUCCAAGCUGAACUCGUGAAUGGCAGAUGGGCAAUGUUGGGUGUUGUUGGGAUGCUGUUGCCUGAAGUGUUCACAAGCAUUGGGAUCCUUAAUGUUCCUAAAUGGUAUGAUGCUGGCAAGGCUGAGUACUUUGCAUCUUCAUCUACCCUUUUCGUGAUCGAGUUCAUCUUGUUUCACUACGUCGAGAUCAGACGGUGGCAAGACAUCAAGAACCCAGGAAGUGUGAACCAAGACCCCAUCUUCAAGCAAUACAGCUUGCCUCCAAAUGAGGUGGGUUACCCAGGUGGCAUCUUCAACCCCCUCAACUUUGCACCCACUCUUGAGGCCAAGGAGAAGGAAAUUGCCAAUGGGAGACUGGCAAUGUUGGCAUUCCUGGGUUUUGUGGUUCAACACAAUGUGACUGGAAAAGGACCAUUUGACAACCUCUUGCAGCACCUCUCAGACCCAUGGCACAACACCAUUGUCCAAACACUAAGAGGCUACUAGAUCUGUUAAAAAAGAAGAAGUGGAAAAGCAUGUUUCAUUUAUUUUGUAACAAUGAUUUAAUGGUAUUUGAGUGAGAUGGUGAGCAUCAAUGUAGUAGACAAAGGUUUUACCAGUGUACAGGAACCAUGGUGGCAUUAAUAUUAUCUUUCUCAUUACAUCUA